AGUAGAAAUACUAUAUAUGUAUAUGUAGAGUGUAACGGCGGUCAUCCUGCGUUCGUAUGGUCGGUUAAUCGUACAAGAUUUAAUAUUGUAUUUAUAUUAUUGGUCGUUGGAUACUAUCAUAUAUAAUUUUGUUUAUUUUGAUUAUGGAGAGCAAAUUACUUAAUUCUGCAGCUGAUAAGCCACCUCCUUAUUCUCCUGCAACUGAGCCAACGGAAAAUGCUUCAUGGCAACCACCUCCUGGAUAUUAUCCUAGUACAUUGAUCACAUCAAAUCAAGGCAAUCAUAUGCCAUCCUAUGGUGCUACUCAAUCUACUACAAUUGUAGUACCAGAAAUUAUUCUUGUUGGGGGUUGUCCAGCAUGUAGAGUAGGAAUUAUGGAAGAUGAUUAUACAUGCUUGGGUCUACUAUGCGCCAUUUUAUUUUUUCCAAUUGGAAUAAUAUGUUGUCUUUUAUUAAAGACACGUCGUUGUUCUAAUUGCGGUGCAUAUUUUGGUUAGAAGUUUAAUGCUUUAUAUAUAUAUAUAUAUAUAUGUAUAUAUAUAUAUAUACAUAUAAAUAUGUUAUUGUAUUAAAUAUUGUUUAGAAGAAGAACUUUAUGAUUUAUAACAAAGAUAAGCCUAAUAGUGUGGAUAUAUGAAUUAGGUUCCUAUGACUUUAAAAGAUGUCUACUACAAUUGUUUUAUAGAAAAAAAAAAAAAAAAACAGUUUUUUUUAUUAAAAAUAAUGUUUUUAUUAAUAAUAAUAUAAAUAAUAAGAGAAAGAUGAUAACGUUAUAUAUAUAUAUAUCUUUGCAUUCCAAGAAGCAAUUUUGAUUAAUAUAAAUGAGCUAUACGAAUGUAAAAUAGUUUUUAUUGAAAAUCAUAUUUAGAUAGGAGAUGAAAAUAUAAAUUUUAUAUGAAAUGAGAAUAUCUAUCCUUACACAAUCUUAUUGUUUUUAAUACUUUAGACAAAAUGUAAACUUUGCGUUACCACCUUGAAUCUCUAAAAUGCUUGUUAAGUGAUAAACAUUCAUUUGUAUUUAAUUAAUAUAUGCAAGUAUUCCAUGUUACUUUAUUAUGUAUAAAGUUCUUUUUUGAGCAUUUUGAACAAAUCUGUAUUAAUAAUAAAAAUUAUUAGAUAAUAUUAUUAAUAAUAUAGGCUCAUAACUUGGAAUAUAUUUAAAUUUUUAUAUUUUUAAAGACAUUUGUGAUACAAUAACAAUAGAAUUUAACUAAUAACGUAACGUAUUAUGCGAGAACAAACGAUAAUUGAUUUGAUAGAUAUUUACCAAAGAUAAUAAAUCUUAUUUUCGCACUUUUUAAAAUUUAUUUUUGAUAAUAUAACAGAAUUUUGCAAGGCAUUUGUUAUUAAAUAGUGAGAACAAAUUAGAAUGAAAAAGAAAAGGAAAAAGAAAAAGAAAGAAAAAAAAAAAAAAAGAAAUAAGAAAAUAAAACCGAAUAGUAUUCGAAGUCAAUAUAAUAUGAAAGUUACCCAUGCGUCAUCGUUACGAGUGCCUCAUCCUUUCCUUGUAGAUCGUAUUUAAACGAUCAUAGCCGGGGGAAUUCCCUUACACAUUGAGCGAAUUCUGAUAAAA